AACGCAACCGGUGACUGUCAAAUUGUUAAGACCACCGAUUUUUCUAAAAGGCGUAUUAAAUUUUACUUUUUUCAGUCAUAAAUAUAGUAGAUUGUUUAAUAAAAUGUUAGCUUUAAUCAAUCGCAUCCUUGAUUGGAUUAAAAGCUUGUUUUGGAAAGAAGAGAUGGAACUGACAUUGGUCGGCCUACAAUAUUCAGGGAAAACAACUUUUGUUAACGUCAUUGCCUCUGGUCAAUUUAGUGAAGACAUGAUUCCGACUGUUGGUUUCAACAUGCGCAAAAUUACAAAAGGCAAUGUCACUAUUAAAGUCUGGGAUAUUGGUGGACAGCCUAGAUUCCGUUCCAUGUGGGAAAGGUAUUGUAGAGGAGUCAACGCUAUAGUAUAUAUGGUUGACGCCGCGGACCCGGAUAAGAUCGAGGCGUCUCGCAACGAGCUGCACAGCCUGCUGGAGAAGCAGCAGCUCACCGGCAUACCCGUGCUGGUGCUCGGCAACAAGCGGGACCUGCCGCACGCACUCGACGAGCACGGCCUCAUCGAGCGCAUGAACCUAUCCGCCAUCCAGGAUCGCGAGAUCUGCUGCUACUCGAUCUCGUGCAAGGAGAAGGACAACAUCGACAUCACGCUGCAGUGGCUCAUCUCGCAUAGUAAGUCGGGCAGCGCGCGCUAGUCGCCGGCCAGUCGGUCCGCAGUCGGCACCGGCCGGCACCAGUCGGCACCAGUCGGCUCCAGUCGGGCUACCGUCGGGCGACAGUCGUUCCGCUCGUCUCCCGCUGGAUGCGGACUCCUCGCCCGCGAUCAACGACGAUUUUUCAAAUACGAUUUCGAAACGGAUUCCGCAUUCCGCGCGAGAUAUUUCUUUGGUAGCUAGUUUAAAGAUAUAGUCCGUUGAAUAGAUUACUCGUUUUAUAAAUGAAAUCUUAAAGUUGCAUUCGCGUUCGACAUUCAUCAGACCGUGAUCUAACAUCGUCUUAUCGACUGUGAGUGGGCUUCGGCUCGUUCUUGUAAUGCGUAAACUGCUAUUGUAAAUGACAUUAGUUCAUCAAAAUACGUAUCAAGGUAGAAGUGCACGCUAACAAGGACCUUUCUCGACCACAGCUUUUAAUCUUUGAUAUGUGUCUUGGCGUACAUUUCUUCUCGUUGAAUUACAGAAAGACUAUGGUUUAAUGUCUGUCUACAUUUUAGUUCAAUGUAUGCUCAAAUUAACGAUAUAAUAUUAUCUCGAAUAGCGCAAUCAUUUUGUUUAUUCGCAUAUUAGAACCGAAAUUCACCGCCAUUUCAAAAUGGCGUCAGAAACUAAAACGUGUCUUAGUCUGUGUAAUUCGAUGAGAAAAAAUUAAACUCUUAGGUCAUAAAUUUAAUUAGCUUGAGUCGACGAACUCUCUGAAUUAUGUGGCAUUAUUUUGUAUUCAUUGAAACUGGCAGUUUUUUUUCGUGCCAAGUUUGGUAAGCGCUUCAUUCGACUUAUAUUAACGUUACGUGAACGCAAAGUAUUGCCACAUUCAAAUAAAAUACUAUCCAAAGUAUAUAGCGGCUGUUAGUAAAUAAUUUUAGAGAUAAAUAUUCGAUAACAAAGUCCACACAACUUUGUUUACAAGAUUUUUUUUUUAUUUAUACAUCGUAAAAUUCAAUGCAACCAUCGGUAUAAUUUAAUUAUGAAUUAAUAUUGUACUUAUAUUUUUAUGUGGACUUGUAAUAUCAACUAUAUAUCAGAACGUUUUACAUCUAUCAGUCGCAAUAUUAAGGAUUUGUACGUAUUGUAAUAGAUUGUUUAGAUUCUCUGAUAAUAUUAGCAUAUAUACAUUAUAAAUAUACUUAUCUCAUAUUGUUAGCUAAAUAAUAAGUUAAUAUAAUAUAUAGUGUGAGACUAAUUUUGCUCCAUGAUAGCUGUAUAUAAAGUUGAAAAAAAAAAACAAAAUUUUGUUAAUAUAGUUUAUUUGAUAGGUCGAUGUAUUCUUCUAAAAAAUGUUAUUUUUAUUAUAAAGCGACAUUAGAUUAGGGUUGCCAUCAGCCAGUUAUAAACCCCGUUAAUAACUUAAUAGUGCAACGGCUUACCGACAGCCGAGAGAUUAGACAGUUGGUUCCAUCCGGACCCUUUCCCUUAGAAACUCUUUAGAAAUAAACUAGUCCAAAUUAAAAAUUAGCCAAUUUAAACUUGCCUUCACCACCUUAAUUCCUCAAAUAUAUUAAAUUUUCGAAUUAACCAGGUCGCCUUCUCGACAAUAUACGGCUUGGGAAAACUGCAAGGUUGGCAACCCUGUAUUAAGUUUACACAAAAUUCUUUAGUCACCAGAUUAAUUUAAUAUUCUUAAUCUGCACAUUGUGUUAUCUGAUGUAAAAUUUAUAAAUGUAGUUGCGUUUGUUCUAUACUAAGAACGUCAUCGAAGAUGAUCAGAAAAAAUGUAAAACACUUAUUAUAUAUUUUGGUUUUAACCGCGUCCAGACAUUUUUUUUUAAAUUAUUAUGUCUGAAGUUUCGACUGAGGUCGGCCGUCGGGUCGUGAGCUUGUUACGGGAUGAGUCAGCUGAGGUAAAAAAAAAAAAAAUAGUAUAA